CGAGCCCUGGGCAGAGGCUCCGGCGGAGGGAUCCACAAAGGCUAAGGUCUCAGAAGAGAUAGCUACCGCGGCAGCACAAAAAGGGCGGCUACAGGGUGAUGCGCCAACCGAUGUGAAGACAGAUAGUGUCCACGGUGGCUGGCCCGGAAGCUGAGUGGGCCUCGGCCCUCAGCGCAUUCUGCCAGGGCCAGGCCAGAACUGCCCGCCUCCUCUUCUGCGGCUAAUCCAAAACCAACAAGACAGCCCCAAGCCCUCAGUGCUUGCCUCGUUCCACCUGGGGCCCACCAAGACAGCCUUCCACCAUGGCUCUGAAGAGAAUCCACAAGGAACUGAACGACCUGGCACAGGAUCCCCCAGCACAGUGUUCAGCAGGUCCUGUCGGGGAAGAUAUGUUCCACUGGCAAGCUACAAUCAUGGGGCCAAAUGAUAGUCCCUAUCAGGGCGGAGCAUUUUUCUUGACAAUUGAUUUCCCAACAGAGUACCCCUUCAAACCACCUAAGGUUGAAUUUACAACAAGAAUUUAUCAUCCAAAUGUUAACAGUAAUGGCAGCAUUUGUCUUGAUAUUCUUCGGUCACAAUGGUCUCCAGCACUAACUAUUUCAAAAGUACUUUUGUCCAUCAGUUCUCUGUUGUGUGAUCCCAAUCCAGAUGAUCCCUUAGUGCCUGAGAUUGCUCAGAUCUACAAAACAGAUAGAGACAAGUACAACAGAACAGCUCGGGAAUGGACUCAGAAGUAUGCCAUGUGACUAAAGAGAUUAUUGGAUAUCCUCUACAAAUAAAGCUAGGGGAACUCUGAAAGAGAAAGUCCUUUUGAUUCCCACUUGACUGUUCUGUUCCCAUGAACCCACGCUGUACCGGACUGAUCCUCCCUGGUGCAUGGUCUUCAUCUGAUGUACAGUACUGCUGCAUGCUGCACACACCAGAAAUACUGUGCUUCUGUACCAACACUGUCUCCUAGCAGAGGAGUGUUCUCCAGGCAUAACUAGAUGUGAGAUUAGAAGUUUUCCUUAUUGACUUAAUCUGGAUAACCACAGGUGUGGGGUGGUGGGCACACAACCCUGCUCAGAAGGGGGAAGGAACCCAACCUACAAGAGACGACGAGAUUGCUUUUAAGUGGAAGCCAUUUAAAUUUAAAUUUUUAAAAUUUAUGAAAAGCUAGGUGAAGAACAUGAACAUUUCUGUACUCAUUUUAUUCCAAAAGACCUAGAACUUAAAUGAACAUUAAAGCCAACCAGAUUAAGCCAACCCACCUCUUGUAUUUUAAAGUCUAAUUGGUCAACAAAAAUAGACUGGCGCUAUCGGUCCAUCAAGUGUGACUGGCUUUGUUCUCAAAUCUUUUAUACCUCAAUGACUCAACCUUCUUCCUUUCACACUUUCUCUCCAUAUCCUUUGGUUUACUUGUGGUUUCUCCGUUGACUCAUCACUAAGAGCUCUUAUUUUUAUUAUAUUAACUGCUUAAUCCAUUUGGAUGUAAGGGUAAAAGUUCAAUUUGAUGAAAAAAACUUGUGUAUAAAGACCCAAUUGCUCCUCUGGAGCGUGUACAUUCAAGAAUGAUUCAUCUGUGUAAUAAACCAAUUAUUCUAGCCAU